CUAUCUAUAUCUAUACCGAAGGAGUAAAAAUUAGCCUGGCAACUUUGGAAUGACGUUUAACGCCUUGAAUUAAAAUGGCCAAGAGAGGAAGAGAGCAUGUUUAAGUGAGUGAGAGUUUUGUUUUGUAGCGUUAUUUUAUUUAAUUAGCCGUCAGGUAUUCAAUGUCAAUAUUUUCCAAGUGUGAUUUACUUCAGUAUUGUGGUUGCAGUUUGCAACAUAAACAAAUGUUCAUUAGGUUAAAUUGUGUUUACUCAAAAGUUGUAAAAUAGUGAAAUCAACAUCAUUAUGAAGUGAAAUCUAGUAUGGGAUAGUCGUGAACCACUUGUUUGACCCACAUAACAUUAAAAGCCUUAUAUCGUUGAUCGUGAAACUGUUGCGACCAGGCUUCGACUAGAAUAAAUUGAUUAAUUAUUGAAACUUUUAUGCGAAAUGGUGUCUUGAACUACGUUGAAGAUCAGUGUACUCAGUGAAACAUGUCAAAUAAAAAAUUGAUCACAAACAAAACUACUGCAGAUCCUGGUGCCCUUCCACCAAGAUACCAACCACCGCCCCUGCCUAACAGCCAGGGUAUACUCAAAAACGCCCCCAGUGACCCAAAACGGCCUCCUAAAAAUGUGGACGGCGUAAAGGUUCUCUAUCCGAACGACCAGCCAAAACUCUACCCGCACCCUCAAGGCAAACCUUAUCUUCAUUACCCUCAGUAUAACGGACCAACUAAGAACAUAGAAGAUAGUAGUAGAACAACCCAGUUACAGAUACAUCAAGAAAGCUCGCGACCACGACCAUUGGAGGAGCCAGGAAUACCCCAAGUGCAUGUUGACUUGAGAGUUCCCCAGCAACGCCAGCCCAUCAGGUACGACGACGAAUUUCUCAGACCAGAAAUGCUCAAGUUCGUGAGGAAACCCGAAGAUCCUCGAUUCAUAGAUCAAAACAGGCAACUGCAAGGCAUUUUGCUGGAACUGAGGUCCCUAAAGGAAGCUAACCAACAUCUAGCUGACGAUAACCAAGAGCUUCGAGACUUGUGCUGUUUUCUUGACGAUGACCGACAGAAAGGCAGAAAACUGGCCAGGGAAUGGCAGCGUUUCGGCAGAUAUACGGCCAGCGUCAUGCGACAAGAGGUGUCUGCCUAUCAAACAAAACUUCGAGAAUUGGACAACAAACAGCAAGAGCUGAUAAAAGAUAAUUUGGAGUUGAAAGAGUUGUGUCUGUAUCUUGAUGAAGAACGAGCCAGCAGUUCGCUGUGCUCUAGUUGCGGGAGUGCUCCUUCUGGUAAUAUGAGGGAUGAUGGGGACGGAUCUAGCUCUAGCACAAAUGCUGACGAACCUGCUGUUCCUCAAGAGUUCAAUUCUGGAGGAAACACUCAAAGAAGGUCGGAGAGUAGGGAAAGGCUGCUUCAUGAAAAUUUGGCUCGGCAAAGGAAUACAUUCAACGAUCAAAUAAUGCAGUAUGUGCGCAGCUUAGAACAACGUGUCAAGCAACUCGAAGAUGAUAAGCGAGCACUCACUCAUAAAAUCAAUCAGAUAGCGGCGACUACAGGGGACCCCAGUCUGGCAGCCCCUCAGGAUGUAGGCGGGAUGCUUAGCGGCAGACCGGAAGCAGUCGUAAGGGCUCUCCAGGUUCUCGAGGUGCGAGAGCAGCUGGAGAGAGAAGCCCACGUACCUGAAAUCACAGGAGAAAACAUGUCCGACACCAAUUCCCAGGAUAUGGAUGACGGAGAGAAGGCUUUGGUGAGAGAAAUGUGUAAUGUUGUGUGGAGAAAGCUGGAGGAUCCUGCUACACCAAGACGAUGAUUUUAAUCAAAUUAUUGGAUUAUUUU